CGCAUUGUGUGCCCUUUUUUUCCUUAACCGCUCCACCUUAUUAGUUAACUUCUUUAAUGCAAAACCUUCGUAUCUCAUCUCAUUCCGUUAUAUAUAAAUGCCCACCUAGAUUUUUUUACGCACCAUUUGUUAUUUUUCGUAUCUCAGAAUGGUGAGAAUUGGAGAAAGAUCAGAGGGUGGGGACAAGAAAUCCCAGCUAGUGAUCAACAUCUGCAACAUUUCGAACCGUGCCAUUGGCUGUGCUCAUUGGCAUCGUCGUCGCGGCAAUGUCGUUCCCUCCCCGUUUAUUGAUUGGUAUCUUCUGCUUCAGGUUGAAGAAAAUGUGGGAAUGGAUGUCAUUCGGAAGCAGUACCACAAAUUCGCAUUGCUACUUCAUCCUGAUAAGAAUAAGCAUCCAAAAGCUGGGAUCGCCUUCAAGCUUGUUUAUGAGGCAUAUGCUUGUCUCUCGGACGAUACAAAAAGAGCAUCAUUUGAUUUGGAGAGGGGGAAGAAUAUCUGCAGUGAGUGUAACAAAUUACCAACUGUGACGCGUAAUCCAUCUGUUAAAAACUCUAAGAAGCUGAGGGCACUGUUUAGCUUAAAGAGAUUCAGGUCUAAUAAGAAUUCAAAUGGAAUGAAUGACAUCAAGGCCAAGUUCAAGGAAGAGGUAGGAGUGAUUGAGCAAUGCUUGAAAAUUAAUGGUGCAUCGCGGAAAGAAUUCCCUAGUUUCAAUUCGUCAACAAAAGAGAUCCCAGUUUUUAAUCCGUCGGACUAUCUGGCACAUGGCUAUCCUUACUACCGGAGCAGGAACUACACAAAAGCCGAUAGUUAUUGGAGUUUGCAGAGAGGGAACUGUGAUUAUCCUAUCUUUGAGUCCAGAUCAGACAAGCCACUAAAAUUAGAAUCUGUAUGUCUAGGUUGAUAGUAGAGUCAUGUACCACUAAGACUUCAACUUAUAUUUAUUUAAUAAAUCUGAAAGAAUCAAUAACACCAGAAGGCUAUCCUUACUAUUU